CAACAAUUCUCAAGACCGAGCAACAUCCGUCCAAUUCAAGGGCAGAGACAGGGGAAAAUACAGUGAAUCGGCGCCAUGGCUUUCCUUACGGUUACUCCGUUGAGUCGCCUCUUGAAGGGCUCUUUUGCUUCUCUUUUGACUCCGCCCUUUAUCCUCCUCCUCCUCCUCUUCUCUCUUCCUCAGUCCUCAUCACCCUGAAAGUAUCUCAUCUCGCUUCAGAGCCAGCGACUUGAGCUUCAGUUGGUAGACCAUCUCUUUUGACUCUCAAGUCAAUAGUCAACCGCGGGGUUUUGUUCUUUCCCUUCAUUGGCUUUAAAGACCCUCAAGAUGCCUCACCAAGAGUCCGCCCCUGUGGCCAAGACCAACUCGGCAGACUUCAACAAGUUGUCAUCCAGUCUCCCUUUCGGCCAGCAGGUUCCUCUGUCAUCAAUCUCUGGCCCGACUUAUGUGACCGCCCAGCUCCUCGUUCAGCAGAUCGCCUACAAGCUUUCCGAUAAGAUCUUCUCUUACUCUCCCGAGACCUUCGACCUUGAUAUCGCACUCAAGGAGUGGGCUUCCAAGAACGAGAAGAACAUCCACGGAUACUCCACCGAGGUUCUGCCUCUCCAGACUCGAAUUGGCGCUGGUGCUCUCGCUCUGGGCUACAUCUUCUCUCCCGACUUCGAUGUCUCCAAGCGCCACAUCCCCCAGUCCCUGGUUGCGCCCUCAGGCAGCCUCCAGCAACUGCGCGGAACCCUCGACCAGCUCUCUCUCCUCUACGGCGUGUCCAGUCCCUUCAUCGCCCACGUCGCUGCUCUCGACUAUUCCGAUAGCAAGGGUCUGAUCUCCAACUACGACUCCGCUCUGCGCCUUGCCGAGGACCUUGGUCUUGGUCUUGUUGCUAGCACCUCCACCUAUGAAGCUCAGCACAUGUCCAUUUUUGCCACUCUCCUGGCUACUCUUCUUCCUACCCUUCACAUCUACGAUGGUGUCCGCGUCGCUCGCGAGACUCUCCGUGUCGUUGAUGCUUUGAGCGAGAACGGUGUUGCCGAUCUGUACAGCAAGCUCUCUGCCGAGGCUGGCAAGCUCAACACUCGUCUAGACACCGCCGGUAAAGUUGUUGAGCUUCUCAAGGUCUUCAACGAUGAGCUCGGCACAGUCUACGAGCCUUUUGAGUACCAUGGCCAUGAGUCCCCUGACGUCGUCCUUGUUGCUUUCGGCAGCGUCGAGUCACAGGUGGCCAAGGAGGUUCUGACCAAGCUCUCUUCUGAUGGCGCCAAGGUUGGUGUUAUCAACGUGCGAAUCUACCGCCCCUUCAUUGAGGAGGCUUUUAUCAAGGCAAUCCCUGCUUCUGCUCGUACCAUUGCUGUCCUUGGUCAGGUCAGAGACGAACUCGCUGUUGAGGAUGAGGCUACCCAGUCUGCUCUCUACAGUGAUGUCCUGACUGCUGUCACUUUCUCUGGUAAAUUUGACAGUGAGCCUGCGGUUCUCGACAUUAAGUACACCCCUGGUCAGACUGUUACUCCUCAGGGUCUGGUCAGCACUCUCCAUAAGAUCUUUGGUAAUGAGGGUGAGGCCAAGAAAUUGCCUUCUCUCGUCCAGGCUCAGCAGUUCACCUUCUGGGACCUCGACAACUCAUCUGCUCUCAACUCUCCCAGUGUUAUCGGCAACCUGCUCUCCAAAGAAUCCACCUCCAACGUUUAUGUUAACGAGAUCUUCGACAACCUCACCCAAGGUGGCCUCGUCCGAAGUGACCUCCGAUCCUCCAAGAAGGCUCUCGAGGCUCCUUACGACAUUGACGACGCCAACACCAUUGUCGUCGGAGACGAGAAGAUUCUCCAGGAGGUUGAUGUCCUCAAGGGUCUCGUUGAGGGUGGCAAUGUCAUUGUGAAGCUCUCCAACUUCAAGGACGAUGAGGUCGAGAAGCGCCUCCCUCUCGCAUUUCGAAAGGGACUCCGGGAGAAGGCGGCUGAGCUCUUCAUCCUCGACUCUUCCUAUUCCCCGGCUUUCGAGAAGGACCCUCUCUUCUCCAAGCUGCUACUCGAGCUGUCCUUCCUAAAGGUUGCUCUUCCUGACUAUACCCCCGAGGAUAUCGCCAAGCAUAUCCUCGCUGAGGGUCGUCCUCCUACCCUGGAGGAGUCCAUGGAUGCUGUUGGCCUUUGCCUCCGUCAUUUCGAGGUCCCCUCCACCUGGGCUGAGGUUGGUGCCGACUUUGUUGACCCCAAUCUUCCUGCUACGAUCCAGAGCAACAGCUUCGUCGUCCACGACAAGGAGGAAGCGGAGGAUACUUUCGAGCUCCGUGACUGGCAGGCUGCUGCCAAGUCCCUCGCUUUCAAGGAGGCUUACGGCACCAAGAACGUUCUGCGACCCGAGUUGUCUGUCAAGACUUCCACCAUUACUGUCAAGGAGAACCGCCGACUUACUCCUCAGGACUACGACCGCAACAUCUUCCACAUCGAAUUUGAUCUUGGUGACUCGGGUCUGACCUACAAGAUCGGUGAGGCUCUGGGUAUUCACGCCGAGAACGACGAGGAAGAGGUCAACCAGUUCAUCGAGUUUUAUGGCCUCAACCCUGCCGAGCUCGUCCAGGUUCCUGCUCGCGAGGAUCCUGCUCUCCUCGAGACCCGCACUGUCUUCCAGGCCCUUGUCCAGAAUGUGGAUAUUCUUGGCAAGCCUCCCAAGCGCUUCUAUGAGGCCCUUGCUGAGUUCGCUACCGAUGAGACUGAGAAGCAGAAGCUUGAGGCUCUCGCCAGCCCCGCCGGUGCUGAGGAUCUGAAGCGCCGCGCAGAGGUCGAUACCGCUACCUAUGUUGACAUUCUUGAGGAGUUCAAGUCAGCUCGCCCAAGCUUCCACGACCUCAUCAAGAUUGUCAGCCCUGCCAAGCGCCGAGAGUACUCCAUCGCCUCUGCUCAGGCUGUCACCCCCAACUCAGUUUCUCUCAUGAUUGUCGUGGUUGACUGGGUUGAUCCUCGUGGCCGUACCCGUUACGGACAUGCUACCCGCUACCUCAGCCGUCUCCCAGUUGGUGCCCAGGUCACUGCUUCAGUCAAGCCUUCCGUCAUGAAGCUUCCUACCAAGGACACUGCACCUCUCAUCAUGGCUGGUCUCGGAACGGGUCUUGCUCCUUUCCGUGCCUUUGUUCAGUACCGCGCUAUGCAGAAGGCUCAGGGUAAGGAGAUCGGAUCCAUCCUCUUGUACCUUGGAUCCCGCCACCAGCGUGAAGAAUAUCUCUAUGGUGAGGAAUGGGAGGCCUAUCUGGCCGCCGGUGUUGUCACUCUUAUCGGAUCUGCCUUCUCUCGUGACCAGCCUCAGAAGAUUUACAUUCAGGACCGCAUGCGUCAGACUCUCAAGGAGAUCGCAAAGGCCUACAUCCAGGACGAGGGUAGCUUCUACCUCUGCGGUCCUACGUGGCCUGUACCUGAUGUGACAAAGGUGCUCGAGGAGGCUAUCGCUCACGAGGCCAAGGCUGCUGGCAAGAAGAUUGAUCCUCGCAAGGAGAUUGAGAAGCUCAAGGAGGAGGGACGAUACGUCCUUGAAGUUUACUAGUCGAUAUGCGUCUUUCAUGACUUGUGCUCAAAAUGGUGCUUGGGAUAGUAUAGAAAGCAUUGAAGCGUCUGAAUUUAACUAUAUGAGUCUAUCUUUAAAUCGCGUCUUCUGCAUUGUGACGCUUGUGUUAUCAAGACAGAUACGGGACAUUACCAACCCACAGAUCCAGGGCUUCUGGGUUACUUUCAUACCAACAUUGGCAGGCUUUCGUCAGGCUUGAUGGCUGUCUUCCAGAUGCGUCCCUCAGCGGGAUCUCGCUCUCGGUUCCUUGGCGCCCUCUCGCAGCCCAAGGGGCGCGCCUAGGACUAUCUGUCCUCAACUGGUGCCUUCUCAGCACAUAACCUGUGCAUUGGUGGCUUACGCGCGCGACUACCGGCAAAUCUCAAGAGAAUUCUGAAAUUGUUACCCGCCUUAACAAUAAUCCCCAGUUGUUGCCCAACCUCGCGAUUAUCUCGUGUGGGAUAAGUGUUCUAGACCACGAGCAAAAAGCAAAUAUCACUGGUGGUGAAACCUACUAGCGACCAAACAAGACAGGAUACCCGCCGCGGUGAGAACGAAUAUGGAAAUCCGAAGGUCUUCUUUUCUUUUUGUCUCUGGAACCGAAAAGCCCUGCAGAUCCUUUUGGGCAUCAACCGCAGCUAUUGGCGCUCAGCCCAACCGGUGAAUGCUCAAUGCCCAAUACUUGUGCUCACACGAAGGGAGGGACGGGGGAUGAUGGGUGCGCCGCGGAGAUGAUAUCGAGAUUGCUUGCAUGGAUGCGUCGCUGAAAAGAGUAUUCCGCGGUCUGGAGGCCGACGGAUGAUCCUGUGAGGGCUUUUUGAGUUUCGAGCGACCGGUCAAGGUCAAAGCGAACCGAUGAUAGCCAUCUGGUACGCUUCGACAGUACAUACAGUGUUUGGAAAUGGCGGUUAUACCUACGUCCAUUUCUCACAGCUGGGAGAUGUAAUGGAUCAUUCAGCAGACGAGAUGAUGCACGUGGUACUAGACAAACAUUUGGUACAUCAGCAGCAAGCAUCAGAGAUUAAGUAUGUGAUUUAUCAACUGGAUCUCUUGGUGUCUUAAAAUAGCCUAUCGAUCGCUUGAAAAUCACCGAUGUCUCAACUCCAUGUCGUGCAGCUGCCUAGACAGAAGAUUGCAAGCAGACAAGACAGCUCAAGUCUGCCCCACCUCAAUCAAGAUCUGGUUAUCAAUAUCUCAACUGAUGUGGUAUAGUUUCGUCAUAGAGUCAGUCAGUCAGUCUGCUUGGAUUGCUCAACAAUGAGCAUCAGGGCCAAAAAGCAAAGUCGAUUGAUUGCCCCGUACUGGAAUCGAACCAGUGAUCUUAUCAUUUCGUGUUGAUUUUACUAGUGAUACGCUUUACCACUGAGCCAACGGGGCUUGUUAAUCAUUAAAAGCUCUAGGAUUCGUACGGUCUAUACGCAUGAAGGGAGGAGGAAUAGGGAAUUUACCAAACAGGCAGACAGGCAGACAGGCAGACAGGUAGCUUGUUGAUCAACUAUAAAGAAACAGAUAUUUAUUUAUAUAUUAGAUCCAAGUAUAAAAGGCUUUAC